AUGACAUUCCACCCUGAUUCCCUCCCAGACCUCGCGGGCAAGGUGUUCAUCGUGACGGGCGCAACCUCCGGCAUCGGAUACCACACGGCUGCACGCCUCGCGGAACAUGGCGCCCACGUGUACAUGUGCGCACGCUCUUCAGCCAAAGGAUCCGCCGCGAGUGAUCGCAUCAAGUUGACGUAUCCCCACGCCCGCUUGUCGCUGCUGGAAAUGGAUCACACGUCGCUCUCAACUGUCGUCGCUGCGGCGAAGCACUUUAUCUCCCAGGAAACGACGCUCCACGGCCUGAUAAACAACGCCGGUAUAAUGGCAACACCGUUCGAAACAACGCAGGACGGGUACGAGAUACAAUGGCAGACCAAUUAUCUGGCGCAUUGGGUCUUGACUCGCCACCUCACCCCUCUGCUGCUCAAGACCGCCCAGACCCUUCCGCCGGGAAGCGUGAGGAUCGUAAACUUGUCCUCGGGGGGCCACUAUUCCGCCCCGAGAGGCGGUAUCAACUUUGCAGACUCGUCUCUGAAGGACGCCAGUCCCAUUGCUCGGUACGGGCAGUCCAAGCUCGCGAAUAUCCUCCACGUCAAGACGCUGAAUAGACUGUAUGGCCCGGAAGGCUCUGGCGCCAAAAUCGGAGCCACAGACACUGGCGGAGACGCACAGAUCUGGACGGCGGCCGUUCAUCCUGGAUUGGUGGAUACCAACAUUGCAGAACACGCUUCGCUGCCCAUUCUAUUGAAGGUGGUGAUUGCGCCGUACAAGGCCAUAGGGGGCAUGCUUGACGGGGACAAGGGGUCGUGGACGAGCGUUUUCUGUGCGGCGAGCCCGCUGAUGAAGCAGGAGCAUAGCGGUGCUUACUUUCAGAGAGUCGCAGACCCGAAGGGCUGGCAGAGCGCCAUGGCGAAGAACGCGGAGCUUGCUGCGAGGUUGGAAGAGUGGACGGCGCGGGAGAUGAAGAAAGGCGGGUGGAUUGACUAG